GAAAGAAGUUGCACACCGAAGCGCAGACGUGGUGGGAACCGUUCGACUACGCUGACACCGGCAGCGGCCGAUCACGUAUGUGACAUGGCGUCCGGGUAGAAAGAGAAGUUGACUGUUAAAUAAGCGUUAAUGUUGUUUUUAUGACAUUGACCGACCGAAAAGGGAACAUCCGAGGCCGCGAAUUUCCCACAGACACCGGCAUUGAUGGUAAUGCAUGCGAGGAAACCGCAACGGAUCAGCGAUGGGUACUUCGAAAAGCACCAGGCCCAUCCCUAUCAGAACGCAAAGUACAGCAGUUCUAAGGGUGGUUACUCCUCAUCGACGACGUCGUCAGAUAGUCGUUACGAAGCACGUAUGCGGGAUUCCCCAAAUGGCAACUCUUACAGUCCAGCAACGGGCUUGGGUAUGGGCAUGGGAACGGAUAGAGACAGUCCUCGAAGCUACACAUCCAAGCCCCUAUAUAAGAAGGAGAGAGAAAAUAGAGACUAUAAGUUAUCCUCCUCUAGGGACAAGUAUUCUGAUUGUGCACGAUCCCCAAAAGACAAGAGAAGCCGUGAGAGCAGAGAUUCAGAACACAGGACCAACCACGAUAGGAGUAGUGGAGAGAUUUUACAUCCUAUAAAGUUAUCAUCAAAUUCGUCAAGAGAGUCUUCAUCUCAGAGGAAACCAUCUCAUAAUUCCUGUCAGGACAAACGCGGUGAUGAACGAGGAGGUACAAUGGAACGUUCGGCCAGGUUCGGUGAUUGGUCUGAGCAUAUGAGUUCUUCGGGCAAGAAGUAUUAUUACAACUGUAAAACGGAAGUCUCUCAGUGGGAAAAACCACGGGAAUGGAUCAGUCGAACAGAUAAUCGACAGCGUCAGUCCAAUGAUUAUUCUUCUAGGUCAAGUCACGAUAAACAUUCCAACUCGCGGUCGAAUAGCAGUAGCAGUGUGCGAGAUGGUAAAUCGUCGCGUCAAUCUGACAAACGAGAGUACUGGAGUUCGUGCAGUGGAAGCGGCGGUGGUAGCAGUAGAGAAGAAGUUUCAGUUAGGGAAAGAGAAAGAGAAAAAGAACGGGAGAGAGAACGGGAACGAGAAAGAGAUCGGGAACAAUGUAGAGAGGAUGCAGGAGUGGAGCGUCAAGCCCAGGAUAUGGACAUUUCACCAGGUGAUUCUACACCGACCUCCGAACCCUUGACAUCUUGUACUCACGAUCCACUGCCUCAAGGCCCUGUUUUGUUGGCCACUGCGUUACCUCGAUUAACAUCACACCCCCCAUCUACACCACAAACUCCUGGAAAACUGAAUUCGCCAACGCAACAGCAGCAAGGGAAUAGCAAUGCUCCAGGACCACCGGUUUCAUUAGCAAAUCUACCGAGAUUAUUAUCUCAAAUCACAGGCAACAAGGAACAGCCUGAUAUUACACCACAAAAGGCACUGCAAACACUUCAAACAGCUGCCAUCUUGUUAUCUCGACAGUCGACAAGUGGAGACCGGAAUAAUAGUGGAAAUGAUGUAAUGGUGCCGCUUAAAGUUGAUACAAGCGGUAUCGUUACAAGCGAGGGACCACCUACUCCCACACAUUCGGAGACCCAGGACUGCAUUGACGCUCGAAAAUUAACAAGUCCUGGUGGGACGAAUACUGGAGUACAAGGUUUAAGCUCGUUGCAAAGUCUUAGCACACUAGGUUCCCUUGGAAAUUUAAGUAAUACAGGUUUACAGGCAUUGUCUAGAGUACAGCCUCCCUUAACACCUUCUUUAACACCAUCACUUGCUAAUCACUAUCGGGAAGAUUUGACGCAACAUGUGCGUGCCUUUCCUGCUGAUAUCCUUGAAAAACAGGCACAGAAACUUAGCGAAGAAGCACACACAAUGGGGAGUUUGCAGUGUACAAGAGUGUCGGCAGAAUUAAAAACGGCACGAUCGAUAGUGAGGCUGACAGAAAUUCAGGCAACGCUGCAGGAACAAAGGAUAUUAUUUCUCCGUCAACAAAUUCAAACACUGGAGGAACUAAAAUCCCAAAAUUCCUUCAUGUCUGAUGAUUCUUAGUGUAAGGAAACUUUAUAAAGUAAUUAUAAUUACGAUCUAUAAUUAAUUCAUGCAAAAAAAUAAAACAUAAUUAUUAAUAUUCUCAUUAAUAUUGAAUAAUUAAGAUUGUACCUAAAUUAUAAUAUCAUGAUAGAAGUGAUAAAAUAGUAAUGGAGUAUGGGCUAUCCAGAGAGGGUUGGCUGUUCCAUUAAUCAGCCAAGUCCUGCUACCAAUGAGGAAAACCCACCUCUCUGGGAAGCACAGAAGGCCUAUCCAACACGCAGACACAACACUAAGUAAAUAGAAAAAUGAAUCUAUUCUAUCAGUUCAUUGCAAACUAUUGAAUUGUCCACAUCGACUUGUAUUACCUAUGUUAUAUACGUGUCAAUGUUUCAUAUCCCAGGAUUAAGCGGCAUUUCAACUAGUUGAAAACAUUUUUGUUGUAAAUCUCGGAAUAAAAUUCGUGCCAGAAGUUUUAAUUCAGUUCUUUACCGUCAUUGUCACACACCUAACUCCCAUAAGCUGUUCAAAAGAAUAUUGUUUCUCAUUUGCAUAGGCAUCUUCAUAUAUGUAAUGUGUUUCAUCUUGCGUUACAGAUAGAAACAAACAUUGAAAUGAAAAAACAUGCUUUACAUAUCUGUAUAAAAUUUGUAAAUAACUUUAGAGAUUUAUAAUUAAUUUCAAUUCAAUGUACGCUAUUAACUCUAAAUGUUUUUGAUCCGAAUAUUAACGUUAUUAUGAAUGGAAAUAAUCUGUACAGAACGUGUCAACUCGAAUGAAUAAAUCAAACACUUUGGUAUAUUAUAAUCAUAGAUAAUCUUUAUUUUUUUGCAUAACUCCUCGUACAGCUGUGCAACAUAAGAAAAUUACGUUGUAUUAUUGUAUAGCUGUUGUAAGCGAAAAUCAAAUACAUAGUUUUCGCAGUAGAUGUUGCGAGCUUUAACAAUGAAGUGGAAUUUAUAAUUCAUAAUUAACUGAGGACUUGUGUUUCAUGCUGAAUAAAAGCCCUCAUCCAUCGCGUAUUUUGAACGACGUCCUUAGAGAUACGAAAUAAAACUCACUCUAAUUACGUUUGAGAUACUAAAAGAAUGAUCGGUUUAAUUGAUCGUUUAAAAUAAAAUAUUUUUAAUAGCACGUAGAACGAUGUACCACAUAUAUGGAUUAGCCACGAACAAAAUCCACGAACAUUACAGUAGAAUAUAGUAUGGAUUUCUUACUUCGUAUUAUUUCUUUGAGGAACUGUUAAGGAGUGAGCUCGACACUUAUAAGAAGUAAAAAGACAACGUGAAAACGUAAUCGUAAAACAAAUACAUUCGAUCGAAGAGUUCGAGUUUACUUUCUGAAUGCGAACCAAAGGGUUUUUAUUUAGUUUAAUAUUUAUUAUUCAUUUCACUAUUUUCAGAGAAUUCAAAGUGCAAUUAAAUUUUAUAAUAAUUGUACUGUCGAUGAAACUCCUUGAUUCGCAUUACUAUUAUUAUUAUCAUCUAAAUGCCCUCCUAAACUUGUUACUUUAUUAGCUACGAAAUAAAAUUGUAAACCCAAAAAUUAAACAUUGUUCUCAAAUCGAUAGUUUCAUGUAUCCUAGUAUCGUAUAAUAUAAGUAUUAUGGGGUACAGAGGAUAGUAUUCAGAAUAAUGGUAAUAAUGUUAACGUGAAUGUUGUAUAAUCCUAUUUACGGUGUUUCUCAACGCCCAGAGCUCAAUAGCCCUCGUCAUCACAAAACUAUUUACCGCCGUUUAAGCAACGUCGUAUAUUAUUUAAUAAAUUAUACAAUAUGAGGCUAUCGAGGUUUCCGUUCGCUAUAAUUACAUUAUUACAUAGAUUUCCAUUCCUAGUUUGAUAUAUAUUCAUUAUUUCCACCCCGUCGACUCGUUCGUCUCAUUAUUUACGUGUUUUUGGGGGCUACAAAUAAACAGCAAUGGCCGUACUUUCUUAAAUAAAACACUUACAACCUCUUGUCCCUGAAAGAACGUUCGAUUAUCAGAUUAAGCGUAUAUCAUUUUCUUGCUUCGUUUGUGCGAAUAAAGAUUACUGGAAUCGUGCGAGUGGUUCAUCGGGUUGAGAAACACCGAUACUCCCAUUACACAAGGUUACUUAAUGUUACACCAUGUCAUGGGAAUGCUGUUAACAUUCCCAUAAGCACCUGAAGCAUACAGUGAACAUUCUCUCACGUACAUUGUAUUUAAUUACAGAGUCAGUCAUUGGACUUAUUUUAUAACAUAAAUUCUCUCAUAUUGUGAACAUUAUCAGAAAUCACCGAUUAAUGUAGUACGAGAAGAAAGGAUACGUACACAAUUGUCUCUUCCUUUCAGUUAGUGAUAGAAAUUUUAACUUAUAAUAUAAUUAAUAUAAUAAUAAUAAAACAUAUUUUUAAAAACACUUUGAAAAUAAUCUUAAACUGAAUAUUAUAUUAUACUGGAAACUGUUAUUAACAAUAGAAAAUAAACGUGUCGAAAAUGGUGUACGAAUACUGUUCUCUCUCACUGCACAUUCUCAAUAGAAUUGUUACGGAUAUCCAUGUGAAUUCAGUAUAGUAAAUUUUCAUGGACUAAGAUUAUAAUAUAAGGCCUCAGAACAUUUGACUCGCUUUUGAACACCUCAUAACUUACAGGAUCUUUGGGUGUAAAUACAUUAUCUAAUAUUCUUCAUAAUUGUCAUUUUCGUGAACAUAAAUUUAGAAUGGAAUUUAUAUUGUUCAUACUAUGCAGUCAAGAACUUUUGUGAAGCAAAUAAUAAAAUGUUUCAUUUGAGAACGAUAAUUUUGU